AUGGAUCACCUGAUCUGCUUUCUUCCUGGUGCAUUGGCACUCGACGUGUUUCACCACGCGGCGCGUCGUUUCAAUGGCACCGCCGUGCAACCGCAUCAGCUGGAUCGAGACCGUGCCAUGGAGCUUACCCUGGCCCACAAGUUGAUGCAGUCGUGCGUGCAGAUGUACUUUCGCACCGUGACCGACUUAGCUCCCGAGAUCACUCGCUUCAACGGACAUGGCCUGGAGGAUGACCACGGCUCCAUGCACAACAUCCUCAGGCCAGAAACUGUCGAGAGCCUCUUCGUUUUGUGGCGGACGACGAAACUCCAAGUUUAUCGAAAUUGGGGACAGCGGAUUCUCUCUGCCUUCUAUCGCCUCAAGACAAGCUACGGCUUCGCCAGCCUGCACAAUGUCAAUCAGCCAUCCUCCAAGCGGGAUGACAUGCCUUCCUUCUUCCUGGCCGAGACCCUGAAGUACCUUUUCUUGCUGUUUUCUUCAGAUGCGGUCCUUCCCCUGGAUCGCUUCGUUCUCAGCACAGAGGCCCAUCCGGUGCCGAUGAUGAAAGCAAUGUCCUCCCUGGGCGUGGAGUGGCCUUGUCCAGCGACAGGUGUGCACCAGCCACUUGGGCAGCACUGUCCUAGCCGAUACUAA